CCUGUUCCAACACUCGCGUGACAAGACCGACGUCUUCCUCGUCUCGCCUCGUCUCCCUCCAUCUCCAUCUGUUGUGUGUGUUUUCGUGGUGUGGACUUCCUUCCCUACUCAAAGACUAUCGUUUCGAGACAUCCCCAAGACUGACACCAAGGACCCUCACAGCCUGACUACCAUCCCCAAAAGCCAAUCAUUGUUGGUGUGGACGACAGGCUCGAGUCGCCCGAGACGCUCACGCUUCGUUACGAAGAAGCUGCACGAGCAGCCAACGGGGGAGACCCACACGGGGACUCCCCGCCUCAGCUCUUAGAGAUGGCGGCCUACAGAAAAGCGCAGCUGCCCUCGAUGCAUGCAACAGGUUACGACUCGCCGCGGUACCAGGAUCCCGCUUACGAGCAGUAUCCGGCGCCGCCCUUCUCUGCACAGCAGCAAACCGAGAAGUUCGCUCAACUGAAUCAACAGUCGUUCGCCUCGAACAAUGGAGCAGUUGCCCAAUACAUGACUUCAGGGUCGACCGUCCUGUCCUUCCAGCCCACGUCCGGCGGAUUUGGUACCAAGGUCUUUAUCAAGGUCUCGUCGCAAUAUGAGGUGCUCUCCAUGUCGUCCUUCUUCUUCCUGCUGUUUGGGAGCGAGAAAUGCCCUGCGGAAGUGACCAGAGACGUCCAGGACAGCUCUGGCUUCGCCUACACAUACAGCGCAGAUGUCCCCCAAAUCAUGGUCACGGGCACUGGCACUACCAACGUGCCCAUGUCACUCCUCCACGAGGGGCCUUCGGGAGAAGAGAUUUCGCGGACCGUCGUGGGCACCUUUCACUACCUCGAAGGGUCCGGGGAUGACAUCACGAGGUCAACCAAGAUGUCUAAGCAGGAGGACGGGGCACCUGCCACAGCGCUGGAUCAGCCGAGUCUCUCACCCAAGGCAGAGCCCGGACUGCCCUCAGAGCCUGCUACAAAUAGCUACGAGUACCCGUCGCAACAGGGCGGAUACGCCAACAACUUCCCGUCAGGAAACAACGACAUGCUCAGCACGUACAGAACCAGCAGUUAUACGGACCCUCACUACCACCGCCAGCCGGCGCCGAGGUGGGCCGCAUACCCGGGCCCCUUGGGGAGCACGGGGCGGAGUCCCGUCGGGAUGGAUGCGUCCAUGGGGGGACGGCCAAGCUUGACGCCACUGCCGAUGCCAUCGUCGCCGGUCAACGGAGCGCCGCAGCUCAUCCGGACGAGCACCAUCAGCAGCAACAGCGCCAACAACUACCACCCGGUCGGGAUGUACGGCAACAAGGCGGUGCUGAAGAUCCAGGGCAAGCUGGACACCAUGGCCGAGAACUGGAGCCAGGAGGAGUGGGACAACCGCCGCCGCAUCGUGCGCUUCCAGAGGAACCAGCGCGGAUCAACGCUCACGGCCAGCUUCCAGCCCGUGGCCGUCAACGAGCGCCCGCCCAACAGCAUCUGCAUAUCGUGUAUCUGGUGGGCUGAGAAGAGCGAAUGCUACGUCACCUCGGUCGACACGAUUCACCUGCUGGAGCAGCUGGUUGCCUCCCCCAACCGCUUCAGUGUCGAGGAGAAGAACCGGAUCCGUCGCAACCUGGAGGGAUUCCACCCCCUGACUGUCUCCAAGGCCAAGCCCGAGAGCGAGGAGUUCUUCAAGAUCAUCAUGGCGUUCCCCAACCCCAAGCCUCGCAACAUCGAGAAGGACGUCAAGGUGUUCCCCUGGAAGAUCCUGGAGCCCGCGCUCAAGAAGAUCAUUGGCAAGUACAGCGCCAGUCCCAGCAGCACUCUGCCGCCGGCCAGCAUGAUGAACCCGGUCACCGCAGCCUAUGCGCCGCUUCCCACGCCGCCUGGCCAGCCCAUCGCUUCGGCGCAGACCGAUCCUCACUCGCAGUACCCGCUUCCUCCGCAUCACGACUCGAUCCCGUCCCCUCGGUCGCUCUCAGGAUCCCAGCCGAACUGGACCCCUUACACCGCGGCGCCCGGCUACUCGACGGCUACUUCAAGGACACUCAGCCCCAGCAUCCGCCAUGUCAGUCCCUCACAGCCGCCGCUGCGUCUCAACACGACGCCGCUUCCCGCCGUCAGCACGUAUGAUACGCGGACGGGGACCUCGGGGGCAUAUGGGACGACAGGCCUGCACACGCCCAUCAGCCAUCAUCAGACUACCGCGACUCCCCCACGAUGGGAUCCCGCCACGCCCGCAACAUAUCCCGAACCCUACCCCAGCCUGACGUCGCAGGCCGCCCAGCCCGUGUACAAUACGGGAGCCUACGGCGAGGCCCCUCCGAGGGCGUGAAGAUGCCCUCCGGCGCCCCGGUCGUCCCCGUCGUCCCCAGCGGGUGACCAUUCACAAACGGCCUCCCGCCUCGUGUUCCUGCCCCCAGACCUUGAAUCCAACGUCUGAGUGACCGCAUUGGGCAGCCUCGUGAACACUUGGUGGAG